GGACGACAAAAGGAUAUGCAAUCCACAGACACAAAACUGUGUCUCGUAAUCUCUCUUUUAUUUAGAGCAGUGUUGUCCAUUGGUAUCAUUACUCAGUCUGAUCUUUUGAAGACCUUCAUCCCUGGAGACACUGUUGAUUUGAAAUGCUUCAUCUCUGGGACUGGCGGAGACUACUACAACUGGUUCAAACUAACAGUAGGACAAGCUCCAGUGAUGAUAGUAUCUCUUUACCUUGACUCAAAAGAUCCAACGCUCUAUGGGGAGUUUGACAACAACCCUCGGUUUUCUGCAGAGAAGAACGGAGACAGUUUUGUGCUGACCAUUUCAAAUGCCAAGCCAUCGGAUGUGGGGAUGUAUUACUGUGCUGCACGUGAUUAUGAUGGCAUGAUCUUUGGAAAUGGUAUAUUUCUGAUGCAUAAAGGUGCAGGGUCCAGGAACCAGCAUCUUACUCAGCAGUCUGUGUCUGAGUCAGUCCAGCCAGGAGACUCUGUGACUCUGAACUGUACAAUACACACUGAGACCUGUGCAGGAGAACACAGCGUCUAUUGGUUUAGACAUGGCUCAGGAGAAUCCCGUCCAGGAAUCAUUUACACCCAUGGAGACAGGAGUGAUCAGUGUGAGAAGAGUCCUGAGGCUGGGUCUCCUACACAGAGCUGUGUCUACAACCUCCCCAAGAGGAACCUCAGCGUCUCUGAUGCUGGGACUUACUACUGUGCUGUGGCCUCAUGUGGGGAGAUACUGUUUGGGAACGGGACCAAGCUGGAAAUGGACUGUGGUUGUAAGGAGUACCCUGUUCUUUUGGUGUACUGCCUGGGUGUAGCGUUGGCUCUUUGUGGCAUCAUCAUCAUUGUCCUUGGUUGUGUUACUUACAAAAUGACCAAGAAAAUCUCUUUGCUGUCCAGAGGAACGCAUCCUCAGCCAAGUGGUCCGGCAGUCCACAGUUCUUAUAACCAGGAUCAAAAAGACAACGACACACCCACGUCAGUCCAUUACGCUGCUCUGAAUGUCAUCCACAAGAAGCCAAAGACCCAGAGACAGAGGAGCACCAUGGAGAGAGACACUGUGUACUCUGGGGUGAGGUGCCAAAACACGGACUGAAAAGACUUGCAUUGCUUUUUUCUGUUACACAUUGUGUUUUUAUCAUUAUAAUUGUGUUACAAUUUCUUGUAUU